AUGGAAAAGUACCAAGCAACAGAUACCUUGCAUCAAGACUCCGAGGAGAGCGGUGCAGCGACGCCCAUUGACAUUGAGUUGAUCAUGGAGAAGGCACAUGCUGGUCUGCACGAAGACUUUUUGUCCGACUCAUCUAACAGUGUGGCGGUUGAGCCGAUUGCUUUGAGCGUGAAACGAUUUCUAUCCUUCCGGCAUGGCGAUGACCACAACCCUGAAUCUGCAAGGAUCGUGAUGGAGAAUGUAACAGUUGAAGGCAGUGGCACAGGUGCCCUUCCGGCCCCUAGUGUCUUGACAGCGGCGAAAUCGGGCUUUGGCCUGCUGGAGCCGAUUCAAACUAGGCUUCAUAGGCCAUCGUCGCGACCUAUUCUUCGAGAAUUCUCCGCUGCCAUCCAACCAGGCGAGAUGGUUUUGGUGAUUGGAAAGCCCGGCAGCGGUUGUACCACGUUCCUGAAGACGCUGGCUGGUAUGUGGGAUGAGUAUAAAGGCGUUCAAGGCGAGUUGUCCUUCGGCGGACAGUCCGUGAAGUCCGUCAUCGAUAAUCAUCCCCAGGACAUUGUAUUUUGCGGCGAGUCCGAUGACCACUUCCCGACCUUGACUGUCUUCGAGACGCUGCGAUUCGCAGUUAGGGCACGCUGUGGGCCCAAGCCAUCUGCAUUAGAGGUCAAUGAGAGGGUCCAGUAUCUAGCCCAACUGGUCGGACUCAGUAAGGUGCUAAACACCAAGGUUGGAGACGCGUAUAUUCGAGGAGUGAGUGGAGGUGAGAGACGCCGGGUCUCGUUGGCUGAGGCGCUGGCGACGUGUGCACGGCUCAUUUGCUUAGACAAUCCGACCAAUGGCUUAGACUCCUCGACAGCCCUCGAAUUCAUGGAAAUGAUGCGGGAGUGGACACUGCAGAGUCAGUGCGUGACCGCCAUGAGUGUCUAUCAAGGUAGUGAUGCCAUUGUUCCAUACUUCGACAAAAUUGUUGUUAUCAAUGCCGGACGUCAGAUCUUCUACGGAAAUAUUCGGGACGCCAAAGCGCACUUCCUGAGUCUGGGUUUCGAAUGUUCAUCUGCCACUACCACCACAGACUUUUUGAACUCCAUGUCCGCCGAUCCUGAGGUCCGCCGUGUACAUGAAGCGCGCCGAGAUCGAGCGCCUCGCACACCGGACGAUUUCCAGAGUGAAUUCCGGCGCAGCGUGCACUUCGAAGAGCUCCAAUAUGCCGUACAGCAGGCGAAAUCUCUUCCCGCGGUGUUCCGUCCGACCAAGUCCAUCCAGUAUGCUUUACCACUUCAUCAACAGAUUUCGUACUGUGCCAUGCGCCAGGUGCGCAUCAUCCAGCACAACUACAGCUCCUUACUUGUGGAGGCCCUGUGUAUUGUCGUCCAGAGCUUGAUCUUGGGAACCUUGUUCCGAAACCAGCAGAGGAGCACUGGGUCUCUGUUCAUCUUCGCAUCGGCCCUCUUCUACUCGGUCCUUGUUCCCGCUUUGCAAGCCAUGGCAGAGUUUCGCAGUACUUUCGCCCAGCGGCCACUCAUUCUCAAACACAAGCGAUACCGCUUGUACCGACCCAUGGCUUACGGCUUCGGAUUGAUCAUGACGGAUAUCGUCUGGAAAGUUUUCGUCGUCUUCUGGAAUAUUCCUCUAUAUUUCCUGACUGGAUUUCAGCAAAAUGCCGCCAAUUUUUUCAUCUGGUUUGUCGUGGUAUAUAUCGAGCAUCUGGCCUUAUCCAUGUUCUUCCGCUCAGUGGCAGUAUUCUCAUCCAACAUGUACCGUGCCGUCCUCCCAGUGGGAAUUUUCUUUAACAUGUACGUUCUGUACACGGGCCUCUAUGUGCCACCACCUCAAAUGCAGGUAUGGCUAGGCUGGCUGAGAUACCUGAAUCCACUUCACUACGGUUUCGAAUCUGUCAUGAUCAACGAAUUUGCCAAUUUGAGCUACGAAUGUAGCGCAUCGGAUCUGGUCCCAUCAGGACCUGGAUAUACAAACAUUGCUAAUCAGGUGUGCGCUGUGGUAGGCUCUACACCUGGUCAACGACUCCUGUCCGGAAUGGCAUAUCUCAAGGCCCAAUACGGGUUUGAAAAGCACAACCUCUGGCGAAACCUGGGAAUUAACGCAGCAUUCUUCAUUAUUUUUGGUCUCGCUUCAGCUAUUGGCAUGGAACGCUUGAAGCAACCGGCAGGUCGCCUGGCAAUUGUAUUUUACCGUGGCAUGAAAUCCCGUAAAUCUCCUUCCGGGCCAGGAUCAAAGUCGUCCGACCAAGAGAGCGGUCCUGUGGAUUUCGAUGCUCCCCCAGUGCAGAGCGAAGACACAACUCGGGAACGCAGCGCCACCGUCGAAUAUCAGUCUCGCAGUUUAACCUGGACAAUGCUCAAUUUUGACGUGAAAACAAAAGACGGCCAGAAACGUCUCCUGACAAACUUGAAUGGAUCCAUCUAUAGCGGCCAGAUGAAAGCGUUGAUGGGCGUGUCUGGCGCCGGUAAGACCACUUUGUUGAAUGCUCUAGCCGGCCGAUCAAAGAACGGAACAUUGACGGGAACACUGGCACUCAAUGGUCAAUUUCUUCCCAAGUCUUUCAAUCGCCAAAUGGGAUACGUUCAACAACAGGACAUUCAUCUCCCCACGCAAAGCGUACGAGAGGCAUUGCAGAUGACCGCCCGACUUCGUCGACCGCAAGAGGUCUCCCUCAAAGAGAAGGACGCCUAUGUCGAAGAGGUCAUCCGCUCGCUAGACAUGGAACCAAUCGCGGACGCCUUGGUCGGAACCCCCGGGGCUGGUCUCAACCUGGAACAGCGCAAGAGGGUCAGCAUUGGUGUGGAGAUGGCUGCGAAGCCGGACAUCCUGUUUUUGGAUGAGCCCACCUCCGGUCUCGACGGGCAAUCGGCUUACUCCAUUGUCCGACUCCUGCGAAGACUUGCAGACUCCGGACAGGCAAUCAUAUGCACGAUCCAUCAGCCCGCUGCGGAACUGAUUGCAACCUUUGACGGACUCUAUCUGUUGGCCCGCGGUGGUCAAGUGGUGUACGACGGCCCCUUGGGAGUGGACUGUCGGCAGGCUGUCGCUCACUUCUCGCCAUAUGCUCGCCCCUGUCGUGAGGGGGAGAACCCAGCCGAGUACUUCCUAGAAGUGAUUGGCGCUGGCACCCGCCAGGAUGUUCAGACAGACUGGGUGGAGAUCUGGAAGCAGAGCCGUGAUCAGACUUUAGGCAACCAGAAUGCACUUGCAUCUUCCGAGCUUGGCGGCCCAGGUAGUCGUGGGGGCCAUUCUUCGCUAUCGCUUCACGCCGCCCCGUUUCAUUACCAGAUGCUCGUAUUGCUCAAGCGGACAUGGCUCUACUACUGGCGAGCUCCAGACUAUGCUAGAGCCAAGCUCUGGUUGAACGCCGGUAAUGCAUUGCUUAAUGGAAUGACGUAUCUCAACUCUCCUCUGACGCAGCGAGGCGCCUACAACCGCGUCUUCUCCUCCUUCAUGUCCCUGAUUGUCGGUCCGCCGUUGGGACUGCAGGUGCAGCCGCGGUUCGUGACCUUGCGAAACAUCUUCGAGCACCGCGAACGGGAGAGUCUGACCUACCACUGGCUGGCGUUCAGCUUCUCCGCCAUUCUCGUCGAAUUGCCGUAUGCCUUCUUCACCUCGCUUGUAUAUUGGCUGCUGUGGUACUUCCCCGUGGGCUACUUCCGAGACUCCAACCAUGCAGGGUACAGUUUCUUGAUUUAUCAGCUCUUUUCCGUGUUUGCCACCAGCUUAGCCCAACUGUGCGCCUCGCUGAUGCCCACCAUCGAAGCCGCCCUCUCUGCCAAUGGCUUCUUCUUCAUGUUCUGCAACACCUUCGCUGGCACUUUAUCACCGAAACCGGUGACGCCGGCAGGAUGGCGCUGGUACUACAAGGUUUCACCCCUGUUUUACAUGAACGAAGGCGUCGUGGUAGACGUCCUGCAUGACCUGCCUCUCCACUGUACAGACUCGGAAGUGUCCGUGUUUCAGCCGCCCAACAGCACGACAUGCUACCAGUAUGCCGCGUCCUUCCUCCAGAAUGCCACUGGGUUCCUGGUCAACCCAAACAGCACCGCCAAUUGCGAGUACUGUCCAUAUAAGAACGGUCAAGCCUAUUACACACAAUAUGACUAUAGCUAUGGGCACCGGGGCCGGAAUGUUGCCGUCUUCAUUGGCUUUAUUGCCUUCAAUUUCACCAUGGUACUAGUCAUUACAUAUUUGACCCGGGUGCAUCGGCAUCGCUGA